CACGCAGACCGGUAUUGGCGAGUUCCCUCCGCGCCUUUACUAGUGAACGGAACGUCUUUCGCCGCCCCGCGCACAAUUUUGGUCCUCUUUCAGUAACCACCAAAAGAUUAUAAGUUCGUUUGAAUUCCAGCAGUAUGGCCGAAAAUAGAGCAACAAAAUCCGGUUUUGCAGCAGAAGCCCACGGAAAGAUAAAGAAAAAAUUUGACUCCCAGCUGGCAGGAAGGAUGCUGGAAUGGGUGAAAGAAGUGACCGGACUGGACAUUAAUACAAAUGGAGAAUGGGGCGAGUUUCAUAAGACUCUGAAGGACGGUCAAGUGCUAUGCAGACUCAUCAAUGCUCUUCAGCCCAACACCAUUCCGGAGAAGAAAAUAAACAAUACUUCCAUGGCUUUCAAGCAGAUGGAGAAUAUUAAUUAUUUUCUAGAUGCCGCACAAAAACUUGGCGUGCCUAGUCAAGAAUCCUUUCAAACCGUGGAUUUGUGGGAACAACAAAACCUUGCUUCUGUUGUCACUUGUCUCGAGUCCCUCGCAAGAAAGGGCUCCAAAUUUGGGCAAAAGGCCAUAGGACCCAAAGAAUCUGAAGGGAAUGUCAGAGAAUGGACUGAGGAGCAGUUGAAAGCCGGAGACACCGUUAUCAGUCUGCAGUAUGGCUCUAACAGAGGAGCGAAUGCCAGCGGAAUUAACUUUGGAAACACGCGACAUAUGUAGAUCCCAAACGAACCAAUGAAAUAUCAAUUAUCACAAUUCUUUCGCAAAGACAAAUAUAUCAUUAUAAGGAUACUUGGGAUUUCUAUUUUCUCUUGCUUUCGUUUGAUUGUUUUUAAUAAGCUUAAGAUUUUUAAACAACACAACAAAAAAUUAAAACAGUUGUGAAAAUUGUGCCCAAAUUGUUUACGAGCAGUAUUGUCUAAUAUUUGGGCGAGUUGUUGAGAAAUAACGAAAACAUUUCGUCAUUAAAUAAAUUAUUUUCUUAUAUAUAUUUUCAGCUUUAAAUAAAUUGUCACUAGUUAUUUUUAUUAUCUUGUGUUUUUUGUGUUAAUUCGAUAUUUUUAGUGGGUCUGUGUUUAUAAGAAAAGUUUCCCUGUGUUAUUUUUAGACUAUGUGCCAUUGUUUAGCUGAGGAGCGACGAUUGAUCCAAACAUAAAUAAAUAUUUUGUAUAAAUUGGGUUCAAAAAUAAAUAUAUUGUACCAUAAGUUUUGUAAGAUAUACCAAGUUCCGUAUUUAAGGGACCAAAUUAGUAAUCUUGUGUUAGGUUUCGAUUGCUGCGCCAUCUGCUGGUUUAAUAAAUAAAUUCACGAUUUACGCCCCCUUCCGUUGAUAAAUUGCUGUGUCGGUUACUUGUGCUUGUUACCUAUUGUAAUGUAUCUUGUUUUUAAUAAACUUUAUAAAGCUGAAGAUUAA